AUGUUUUAUCUAAUUGGUUUAGGCUUAUCAUAUAAAGAAGACAUCACUGUUCGUGGAUUGGAAGCUGUUAAAAAAUGUGAAAGAAUUUAUUUAGAACAUUACACAAGUAUUUUAAUGGCUGCUGAAAAAGAGGAACUAGAGGAAUUUUAUGGUAAACCUGUUAUAUUAGCUGAUAGAGAGCUAGUUGAAUCUGGUUCUGAUGAGAUUUUACUUGAUGCAGAUAAGAAAGAUGUGGCUUUUUUGGUGGUUGGUGAUCCAUUUGGUGCUACUACACACACUGAUUUAGUUCUUAGGGCCAAGAAAGCUGGCAUUCCAGUAGAAGUGAUUCAUAAUGCUUCUGUUAUGAAUGCUGUUGGUUCCUGUGGUUUACAGUUAUACAAUUUUGGUCAAACAGUGUCAAUGGUCUUUUUCACUGAUAAUUGGAGACCAGAUUCAUGGUAUGAUAAAAUUUGGGAGAAUCGUAAGAUUGGCUUACACACUUUAGUGUUAUUGGAUAUUAAAGUCAAGGAGCAAAGUCUUGAAAACAUGGCUCGUGGGAGAUUAAUCUAUGAACCACCACGUUAUAUGUCCAUCUCUCAAUGCUGCGAGCAACUGCUAGAAAUUGAAGAAGCACGUGGAACAAAGGCCUACACUAAAGAUACACCAGCUGUAGCUAUUAGUAGAUUGGGUGCUGCAAAUCAAACUUUUAAAGUUGGAACCAUCGAAGAAUUGUCUCAAUAUGAUGCUGGAGAACCAUUACAUUCUUUGGUUAUCCUCGGUAGACAAUGCCAUGAAUUGGAAUUAGAAUAUUUACUAGAAUUCACUGAUAAUUCAGAAAAAUUUAAAAAGGAUGUUGCUGCUGAUCAAGAAUAUUUCAAACCUGCACCAUGGGUCCCACCUGCCGAAGAAGACGAUAAUGAGUUGUGA